AUGUACGUGUCUACAAUUGGCAUUUUGCUUAGCAUUACCACAGUGGCAUUUGCUGCUGAAGGGACAGCCACCUAUUAUACUGCUCCUUAUGUUCCCUCAUCAUGUUAUGGAUAUCAAAACAAUGGAGUGAUGAUUGCAGCAGCAAGUGAUACAAUCUGGGGAAAUAGGGCAGCAUGUGGAAGAAUGUAUAGAGUCACUUGCACUGGCCCUACAAAUCAAGGCAUUCUAAAACCUUGUACUAGAAAAAGUGUUGUGGUUAAAAUUGUUGAUUAUUGUCCUCCUGGAUGCCAAGGGACAAUUGAUCUUUCUGAAGAAGCUUUUGCCCAAAUUGCCAAUCGUGAUGCUGGCAAAAUCAAGAUUAAUUACAAUCAGGUCUAAAGGUCAAGGCCGCCUUGAUGUACUAGAAUAAAACUUCUAUGCACACUCUUGAAUAAAACAACUUCUAUGCGUGUAAACUACGAGUGAUAAAUAAAAGAAGCAAUUACUGUCUUAA